GUCAACAAGGUUAAGGGAAGGCCCCUCCGACCACACUAGUCAUAUUUUCCACAGCUCUCAUACCAUAUCCCUUAGAACAUGGAGGAAAUUAUGGCAUGUUCCCUACAUAAACUUGCAUGAUUGCAUUCUCUCUCCCAUCCCAAACACCAUAAAAACUCCCGUUGAACAAAACACACACUUACUAGUUCUUGAAGCAACAACACCAUCAAUCCCAAGUGAGAAAACUUGCCACAAUAAAGUAAAUUAAUAAAACCUGUUCUGUCAUCACUCAUCGUUGCGGUCGAAUCCAACCAACAGAGACCACACGUGGGGUUCUAUAAAUAUUCUCAUCGUCCUUCUAUAAAACUGUCUAAGGGUGAUAAGAAACAGAGUCAAAAGACAGAGUAUGGAAAUUGAAUCAGCCAAGUGUGAGUGCUGUGGCUUGAAAGAGGAUUGCACCCAUGAUUAUAUCAACGACGUGAAGUCCAAAUUUGAUGGCAAAUGGUUAUGUGGGUUGUGUUCAGAAGCGGUGAGGGAUGAAGUUAGCAGAGGGAAAAUGCCAUACGCCAUGGAAGAAGCUGUGAAAGCUCACAUGUCGUUCUGUGGUAAGAUUAAAUCGAAUCCUGCGGUUAAGGUCGCUGAUGGCAUGAGGCAGAUGCUGAGAAGAAGGUCAACUUCAUCAGAGAAACACGGUACGAGGUCAACUACCACUUCUCAAGUGGGUGAUGAUUCAACCACUUUUCAAUUGUAAUGGUGAGAUAGAGGAAAACAAAGAAGGUUGGAAGCAAAGAAAACAGAGGAGGUUGAAAGGUGGGAACAGGGCACUCCAUCACUCUGUUUUGGUAUGGUCGGAUGGGAUAAAUUUCAUGGUUAGUUUGAUGUGGCAAUGCUUG